CGAUUGGACAGACUUUAUAAGAUAUAAACAAAACAAAGAAAUUACGGAGAUGCUGAUGUAGGUGUUGAGGUGGCAAAGAUGCGGGUUUCCCAUGAAAUCGACAGUGGCGAUUUUAACGCGAGGGAAGGGUAUCGAAGCCUGGAGCAUUGAUUCUGAAAUCCAAAAAGAAGAGGAAAGAAAAGAAAAGAAAAGAAAAAGAAAAUGGGAGAGUAUGAGAAGAUGAUGAUGAUGAAGAACGACAAGGGCAAGGGAAUUGCAGUGCGGACAAGAGCUAACCAGAAUUACGGUGGCGAAGAUGAAGACGACGGCAAGAUUACGAGUCCCUCUGUCCCCUCUGCCAAAUCCAGUCCUCGCAACGCAUCCUCCAAAUACGACUUCGUCAAGGUGAAGGUCUGGUUGGGUGAUAAUGCCGAUCACUAUUAUGUAUUAUCCAGAUUCUUACUUAGCAGGAUGUUAACUGUCACAAAGAUUCCAAACCAUGUAGCAAUUAAAAUCGCUCUGGAGCUCAAGAAGCUGCUUAUAGACAACAGCCUUCUGGAUGUCUCGCAGUCUGAUUUGGAAGCGAAUCUUUUUAAGCUUAUGGAGCGGCGAGGUUAUGGGGAAGAGUAUAUCAAUCGGUACAAGAUGAUGACCAGAUUUCACCAUCAAAGGGUUCCUUUGGUAAUUCUUGUUUGUGGAACUGCCUGUGUUGGGAAGUCUACAAUAGCUACACAACUUGCACAGAGGCUAAACUUGCCGAAUGUCUUACAGACAGAUAUGGUUUAUGAGUUGCUACGCACAUCAACUGAUGCGCCAUUGGCAUCCACUCCUGUAUGGGCACGAGAUUUCAGCUCCUCUGAGGAGUUAAUUACUGAAUUUUGCCGAGAAUGCAGAAUAGUUCGUAAAGGGUUGAAUGGGGAUCUAAAAAAAGCAAUGAAAGAUGGAAAGCCUAUUAUAAUUGAGGGAAUACAUUUGGAUCCAAGCAUUUAUUUAAUGGAAGAUGAGCACAAAAUUCCAAUCAGUGUGCCUGAAGGACGUCAAGCAGCCCCACUGUCUAAGGCAUCAAAUGAUAAUUCUGCAGUGCAAAUGGAAAAUAAUUCCACAAGUGCAUUUGGAAGUCAUACUGAAGAUAGCCAAAACCGUCCUGUGCAUUUGAGUUUGGAUGAAUGUGUGUCUGCUGACCAGGUGAAUAAAGUCUCGGAAUAUCUAGAGUCUAUUGCUCUAUCAACUGCUUCAGACGAUAAAGGUGAAACUGUUAAGGUACCAGAAGUAAAUGGAACUACUGCUAGAAAAGAAAAAUCUGGCUCUGAACCAAUAAUAAUACCAAUAAUUCUGAAUAUGGCUGAAUUUGAUCACAAGGCAUUACUAGAAGAGUGGAUCCUUACUCGGACAUUUAGUGGUAAUUGUCCAGUCAAGGAUACAGAUAGUCUAAUAGCCAACUUGAAGACCAUUCAAGACUAUCUUUGCUCUUUCAAGUCACAGGGUUUAACAGUUGUCAAUGUAUCAGCGACCACAUUUCCACAGACAUUGGAUUGGCUGCAUGGAUAUCUUCUUCAGUGCAUUGAGCAAGGCAUUUCAUCAGUGUCCAAUGAAAAUGGUAGGCGGUCAGCGGAAAAAUAGGUUACAUGCAGUUUUUAGCUUGAGCAAUCACAGAGCUGGGAUGAGAUGGAUGCUGAAAGCAACUCCAAGGAUAUUAGGCUGCUGAACUUAUAUGAUCCAAUUUCCGAAAUCAAAUUAAAGCAAGAUUCUUGCAAAUACUGGCCUGGAAUGUCUUGGGUAAUGGAGUUCUGGAAAACAUUUGUCUUCCAGAUAAGAACUUUUUGCAGGUGAGCCAAUUCUCAAACCUCCUCUUCUUGCAAAGUCUGUACUAUACUGAUUCUGCAUAAUUUAGGUGAUGAACUAAUUCAAAAUUUGGAGCUAGUUGGAUCCUGAAAAUUAUCAUCCUAGCUAGUUGAAUGUUGUACUUAGAACAGGAACUCAAAAAUCUUUGAAGUGAUUGUGUAACGUGCUUAAACCGCAUAUUCAUACUCUUGCUGUUCUCCCUGUA